AUGUUUUUCCUUAUUUCAUUUAUCAUUUUCUUGUGGCAUUGUUUACUUCGAUUAGCUUCGUGCAUUCAUCAUCAUUGGCAGUUAUAUCGAUGUAAAUCAAAUUAUUAUGAUAAUGCAUUUGGAAAUAAUGAUUAUAAUCAUCAUCAUCAUCAUCAUCAAAAUGCGCCAUUUUUAAUUGAUGAUAAUGAAGAAAAAUUGGAUUUGGAAGGAAAUAUUAGAGAGACAUGUUUCGAACAAAUAUCAUUAGAUCGUCAUGCCUGGCAAAAUAAUGGAACAGAGCGUGGGAAUAGCGGUAUCUCUCGUAAUCUACCGACAAUUGCCCGUAAUGGUACCGUUUAUCAGGAAGGACAAGGUAUAGCGAUCGUUGAUGAGCCAACAACACCACAACGUCUAGCGAAUUUCUUUUCGAGGCCAUUUCGAAGUAAUGCAUUGAACCGCACGAAAAGUGCAACAAAAUUGGAAAGAAAGCGUGCAACAAAUCGAAAUGAUUUCACCGAUGAAAAUGCAUGCAAUGAUGAGCGAUUACCAGUUCAGUCCUAUCGUCAUUCAACAUUUCGACCGUAUCCGAUAUCUCAAGAAGAUGAAAAUUCAUUUCGCCCAAGUCGUUCACAUGAAAGUUUAUUAGCUUAUUCGUCUGCUACACAUACAAUUGAUUUAGAUGGAGCAGAAGCACAGAUUCAUUCCAUCCAUCCAUCAGCUGUUGACGUAUCAAACUAUUUUGAAUUACAAAAUACCUAUUACAGUUGUCGCAAUUCACGUGAGCGGAAUAGAUGGAUUGAGAAUAUACGACGUACAGAAAAUCCGUUACGUGAUCGAAUGCAUCGAACAGAAAAUUCAUUGGAAUUAUGGAUUUUGGAAGCUAAAGGUAUUCCGAUCAAACGAAAAUACUACUGUGAAAUAUGUCUCGAUAAGACAUUAUACGCUCGAACGUCAGCAAAACCACGUGGUGAUAUUUGCUUUUGGGGCGAACAUUUCUAUUUCAGUCCGAUUCCAAAAUUGGAAAAUGUUUGCAUCAAUUUAUAUCGUGAAGCAGAUGCGAAAAAGAAGAAGGAUCGUUCAACGUUGAUUGGUUAUGUUCAAAUUAAGAUUGAUCAACUUACUACGCGACAUCCCGUUGAACGAUGGUAUACAGUAACAGCAACAUCAGAUGGUACUAAAUUAUCGAAUGCAAUGAAAGAUAAAGGUAAUGGCGAGGUAGCUGCGGUACGUAUUAAGGCCCGUUAUCAAUCGGUACAAAUAUUACCUAUGCAGGCAUAUACUGAUUUAUUGACUUUCAUCAAACAGUAUUAUUUAUCAGUAUGUCGUGUUUUGGAGCCGGCAUUAAGUGUAAAAGCAAAAGAAGAUUUGGCUACGGUACUUGUACGUAUCAUGCAUAAAUUACAUAUGGCCAAACAUUUCUUAUGCGAUUUAAUUAUGUCUGAAGUUGAUGUUCUCGAUAAUGAACAUUUGAUGUUCCGUGGCAAUUCAUUAGCAACGAAAGCAAUGGAAGCAUAUAUGAAAUUGGUUGCAGAUGAUUAUCUUCAAAAUACACUUGGCGAAUUUGUUAAAGCAAUGCAACAAUUUGAUAAGGACUGUGAAGUAGAUCCAUUGAAAAUGGCAAAUAUUAGUGUGAUAGCGUUGGAAAAGAAUCGUCAUCAAUUGGUGACAAAUGUUAAAACUGCAUGGUCUAAAAUAUUGGCAAGUGCUGAAAUAUUUCCAAUUGAAUUACGCGAAAUUUUUGUUACCCUACGACGACGUUUGGAAAAAAUUGGUCGACUUGAUCUUGCUGAUACGCUAAUUUCAUCUAGCAUUUUCCUGCGAUUUCUUUGUCCAGCAAUACUUAGUCCUAGUUUAUUUAAUUUAAUUUCUGAAUAUCCUUCGGGACACGCAGCUCGUAAUCUUACACUGAUCGCUAAAACACUACAAACAUUAGCGAAUUUUACAAAAUUUGGUGGCAAAGAGCACUAUAUGGAUUUUAUGAACGAAUUCGUAGAACAUGAAUGGGAUAAUAUGCAUCGAUAUCUGAUGAAAAUUUCAACAUUACCAGCAAAUAUUCAACGAAAUUCGGGUGAAAAUGACUGGAAUAUAUCGGUUGAUAUUGGGAAAGAAGUAUCAUUGCUGUAUUCCUACUUAGAUGAGCUGUGGACACCUGAGAUUCAUGAACAAGCAGCUAAAUAUGGAUCACAGAUGGCAGAAUUGCGAUUCAUUUUAGCAAAAUUACGCUAUAUACGAAUGAGAAAUGAUGGUUGUAAAGAUUAUGAAUUAUUAACAGUUGAAAGUUCACCAUCUGAUUAUGAUAAUACAAACGUUUCAAGAUUACAUGCAUAUAAUAAUAAUGCGAAACUUCCAACACACAUCCGUAAUACAGUAAGCGAAUCACAUGUGAUAACAAAAGGAUCUCCAGCAACUCAUUUAAACACAAAUGAUGAUUAUGUGUUAGAUAUUGCUUUAUUAAAUGAUAGUUUGGCAGUACGACAAGCCGGUUUAACCGUACAAAAACAUCGGAAUGGACAUCAUCGUAAUCAACGAUAUUUGAAUGAGAAUGCUUCUUGUGAACGACAUAACAAAAGGAAUCCAUAUAUGGCAUUACCAGAUAUUUCAUCAAAUCGUGAAAGAAUUAUUGCAUUUGAUGCUAGCAGUAAGUCAGUAGCACCUGAAAAUAGUACUUACAUAUCAUCGAAUAUUUUAUCCGACUAUUCAACUGGUGGUUAUCGUCGAAAUGAAGAAACUGAUUCAGAUGAAACAACGCAUGAAUCUUCAAUAACACGUUUUCGUCAUACACGUCCACCGCGUAAAAAUAAACGACGGACCGCUGUAUCAACAGAUCGUGAACAAACAACAGUUACAUGUCCGGAUACUAUUGUUGCACCCUCAUCUAGUGGAUAUCAAAGUCAGAAUCAUAGUAGCAGUUUGAGUUCAUCGAAUAGUAGCAGUCCAGUGGAACGUUCAACAAAACAAAACAAUCAUCCCACUUAUCAUUCAACAUUGCAACCAUCCAAUCCGAUAUUUAAUGGUCAUGAAUGCAAUCCGUCAACAUCAUCAUCAUCCGGAAAUUCUGAUAAACUAUUAGUUGAUGAUGAUCGACGUUGCAUACGUUCCGCUCCAUCUACAAUGUAUAAGACUUCCGCACAUCCAUCACAUUUACAAAUAAUGGAUGAUAAUAGUAUUAUUUAUGAUGUACCAAAAUGUUCAUUACCGAGAACUAAUCCUCAUUGUUCUUCGCGUAAUGCAGCUGCUAUGGGCAAUGGAGCUAUCUUGAAACCAACGUUAAUUGAUAUAGGUAAUGAUGGCGGUAAUGAGGCACGAUUAACUUUACAAGCAAGAUCUUCUGAUUAUGCUAACUGUAACAAUAAUAAUAAUAGUAAGAAGAAGAAGAAAGAGGAAAACGAUGAUGGUAAUAAUGAUAAUGAAAGUAAUGAUAACGACUGUGAUGAUAAUAAUACUGUGAAAGAAUGUGGUACAAAAUGGUGUUUUACCGAAGAACGAACAAGUGGUAUGAAGCAAUGGACAAGAAAAGAGUCACAUACAUUCAGCCAACAGGAAAUAAUUGAGCAACAGAAACGUGAAAUUCGACGAUUAAUGAAGGAGAAUGAAGAGUUAAAACGACGUGUUGCUGCACAGAAUCAAACAGUUAGUGAUUCCAAAAAUACCAAUCCUGAAACGGUUAUACGUGAUGGUUAUGUAUCGGAAGAAAGCUAUGAUUCGUUAAGUUCAUCCAAUGACCUUCAAUUAUCAUCGAAAAAUACUAAAGCGAUUACCCAUUGUUAG